AUGGACUUCUUACGCGAACUCUUCACGCACCCCGGAGACCUCAAACUCCUGGGGGCAUGGCUUCAGGCAGCAGCAAGAGGGGAUGUGGGGCAGGGGGUGGCGCAGUGGUGGACCUCGAGUUCGCUAGUGGCUUUGGAGAAACCAGGUGGCGGUGUCCGCCCGAUCGCAGUGGGGGAAGUCUUCCCUCGCCUCCUGGCCCGGUGUCUCGCGGUCGACUACCAUGACGCCAUCAUCCGACACCUGAAGCCGAAAGGGCAGUUUGGGGCUGGUGCGCGGAACGGAGCGGAGACGGUUAUCCACGGGGUGCGCGCUGCAUUGAAGGCUAACCCCACCUGGGGCGUUCUUCAAAUCGAUGUUAAAAACGCUUUUAACUCAGUUUGUCGGCAGGCGCUCUUCAAGGAGUUGGUCAAGGGCCCAUUUGUGGGCAUGACCCCGUUUCUGCGAACCCUCUACGGGAGUCCCUCCCCACUCUUGUACAGAGCCGAUGCAACACGGCACACCUUGUGGUCGCGAACAGGAGUGAGGCAAGGGGAUCCUCUGGGGCCGUUUCUCUACGCACUAGCACAACAACCUGCUCUGGAGGCGGUGAAGGCGGCGCACCGAGACGUCUUCUUAUGCAGCUAUGCGGACGAUACGUACCUGCUGGGGGAGCUGGACGCGAUUGGAGCUGCUUUCCCUUCCCUUUGUAAGGAGCUUCAGGGGAUCGACUUGGAAGUCUCGCAGAAAAAGUGCCAGUGGUACGCGCCGAGUGGCAAGCGGCCGUCCGCCGACAACCCGCUCUGCGAGAUGACCGAGGCUGCGGAGGGCCUUGUGAUCCUGAACGACGACAGCUUACUCAACCCUGGCAAGGUUAACAAGGCAGCGCAGACGCAGAUCACUCUACCGGAACGGAUGGGUGGCUUCGGGGUCCAAUCAGCCGCGAGGACAGCUGACUUGGCGUAUGUGGUCAGCCUUCUUAGUGUCGCUGGGACCCUGAAGUCCUUCUUUCAGAUGGGAGGGAAGAGCAUUCUCGGAGUCGAGGACAGCGAGGCGCCUUUCCCGCCCAUCUUUGAGGAGGCUGAGUCGGCGCUGAAAAGGCUUCCAGAAAAAGUCCGCACGAAGCUGCCUACGUGGAAGACAGUCGGGGAGAGAGGGCUUGAACGCGGAACUUUCACGGUUUUGGCACGGGAGCUGCAGAUUGAGGCUUUGAACGGGAUCCGGAAGUCCCUUAACCGGCCCCGCCACAAGGCCCGAUUGACCAGUUUGCAGCUGCAGAACGCGGGCGCGUGGGUCUCGGCUCUACCGUCUCGACCGGACCUCCAGCUCGAAAGCGACGACUGGGCGAUUGCGGCGAACCUUCGGUUGGGUCGGGACAUCCCACACCUCAUUCAGGCGGGGACUUGCUCGUGCGGGAAGGACUUAUCCACUUGUAACGCGGCGGGGCAUGCUCUCAGGUGCUCCACCAAGUACGCGCCGUCUAUCCCCCACAAUGCCAUCCGGGACCAUGUGGCGAUGGUCUGCAGGGAGGCGGGCAUGCAGACGACGAUGGAGGAUAAGGCUUUUUUCGGUGGGAAGCCGAUCCCGGAUGUCGUGAGUCUCCACACGGACAGCGGGAAGACCUGGGUGAUGGAUGUGGUCAUCGCGGAUCCGCACGAUAACAAUGCCAACUGCCCGGAGACCAAGCCAGGAGCGGCCCUCAAUGAAGCCGUUCGUCGGAAGAAGGUGACCUACAAGGAGGCGGUGACGAAAGGAGGGAAGCGGAUGGAGAAGACCACCAAAGUGAUUCCGUUGGCUACGGAGAUCUAUGGGGGUUGGUCCAACAGCUUCUCCGACUGCGUAAAGGACAUUGCAGCAACCACUUCGAAGCGGCUUGGCAGACAGUCGGGGCAAACCACCGACCUCAAAUCUCUCAUCUGCCGGAGCAUCGCUCAACGCAUUGGAGUGACGCAGCAACGUUCUCAAGCGGUCAUGAUUCGGCACAGGUUGCGCGCAGCAGUGGAGGCCAAGGGAGAAACGAUGUACCAAGACGCAGGGAGGACUUUUGACUGGAUGGGCUCUCAGCCACCCGCUCCCUGCGACAUUGUGGUAGGAAGGGUAGAUUUCUGA